UAUCUAUUUAUAUACGUGGUUGGCUCGAUAACGGUAACAACACGUCCCACACGAACCGGCUGCAGCGGCCUGUGGCACUUCGGUCCACAACUUGAAGCGAUUCGAUCGUCUCUGCGAAUAAGCGAGCUCGGAUUUUCAUUUGAACAAAAUCUAAAAGAAUAUCAAUGGGUUUGACAGUUUACAAGAUUGACGCCAGUCCCCCUGUGAGGUCCGUGUUUAUGACUGUUGAGGCCUUAAAUAUCCCAGAUGUUGAGUAUGUGGAUAUCAACUUAUUGGAUGGAGACCACCUCAAAGAAGAAUUUACGAAGGUGAAUCCUCAACACACUGUGCCGCUUCUAAAAGAUGAUGACUUUUACGUUUGGGACAGUCACGCCAUUGCUGUAUAUUUGGUGACCAAAUAUGGAGCCGACGAUUCUCUUUACCCAGCUGAUCCGAAAAAGAGGGCCGUCAUUGAUCAACGUCUCCACUUUGAUAGUGGAAUUCUGUUUCCAGCUUUAAGAGGGACUGGCGAACCAGUGUUCUUCAAAGGAGAGAAAUCAUUCAGACCCGAAAACCUGGAGAAGAUCACGAAGGCUUACGAAUUCGCUGAGAAGUUCUUGGCAUCAUCACAAUGGCUUGCUGGUGACCAAAUAACGUUGGCAGAUAUUUGCUGCGUUUCUACCAUCAGCACCAUGAACGAACUCAUCCCUAUAGACGGGGAGUUGUACCCCAACCUCGCGGGCUGGUUGAAACGAUGCGGUGAACAAGACUUCUAUAAGAAGGGCAAUGAAUACGGAUUGGAACAAUUCCGGGGUCUCAAGAAAUUGAAAUUGGGCUAAAGCUCAAGAUAAUCUCAGCAGUCUUAUGUUGUAGGCUUGCAUAUUAUUUUAUAAGUUAUUUAAGUGUUUUUUAUGCUUUUGAGUGUUUCUUUUACAAAUAUUUUGCGUUGCAUUUGUUAAUAUUUAUGAAUGAAUUGAUUAAACAUAUUUACAACAUUAUUAAAUGAUACUGAUUAGAUAAAA